AUGGUUCUCUUGGACGGUCAACCAUCGUCUUCCGAAUAUGCUGCCGCGCGCAAUCUCGCCGAGCUUGCAGUCGAGAGAGCCAGCCUAGCCACGAAGCGCGUCUUAGCAACGAUUCCAUCUCUCCAGGACAAGAUCCACCCUGAGUCACCUCUCUCCCGAUAUCUUAAGUCACAAACACCAGAUAGGCAAUGUGACGGGACAUGGGCUAGCCUUAAUAAAUUUUUAAAGGAUGACAAAUCCGUCGUGACUGUCGCCGACUAUGCCGCGCAAGCCCUUCUGAUAGCUGCCAUCCGCGCCAGUGAAAAGUUCAAGAACGACAAGAUCAUAGCAGAGGAAAGUAUUGAGCGCCUGCGUUCUGAUCCCGAAUUUAGGAGGCGGGUAUUCGAGGUUGUUGAGUCAACGAAACUCGAUAAUUGGGGAGAGAAAGCAUUAGGGGGAAGCUCUGCAAGGCCAAACAAUGAAGAGGAGUUGUUAAAACUAUUCGAAGGUUUGGUCCCGAAGAGAGGACCACAGACCAUCCGAAAGGGAGACCGGUUUUGGUGUAUGGACCCGGUGGAUGGCACAUCUCGAUAUUUGACAGGAGGGCAAUAUGCGGUGAUGUUGGCCCUUGUGGACGGUGAAGGGGAAGCUGUUGCUGCCGUGGGGUGUCCUAACCUCCGGUUGCCUGCCAGCAGGAGGAGUUUCGAUAUUGGAGACGAUGAUUUUGUGUUGGAUUCGAAUGCGGAUUUGGCAGGAUUUGGAUGCCUACUCUCCGCCGAAAGAUGUCAAGGCGCAAGGGUGAGAAGAAUGUGGCCUGGUACCUUCGAGGAAAAGGACCUCUCCCGCGAAAACUUGGGUUCGGAACUUCUCAGUCGAAACCUUCUGCCCCCGCCAGCAGCUGAUCUCAGCAACGUGUUGUUUGUUGAUUCACCUACAAGUCCUGCGUCUCUCUCAGAGAAAGUCAAAGAACUGUGUACACGACUGAAUGUCAGUUACCCUCCAGAGCAGAACUCUGGUCCGUACGCUAGCCAUAUGCGCAACGUACGAGCCAUAUUUGGUGGACGGAACUUGGUCCAGGUGCGCUGGCCGAAACCUGGUCCCAAGGAGAUCUGGGAUAUCCAUGAUCAUGUCGGGACGCAGUUGAUCUAUAGGGAAUCUGGACCUGGUAAAGUGACCGAUCUUCGAGGCAAGACAUUCGAUUUUGCGAAAGGACAGUCGAGACUCACCGAUAACUGGGGGCUUGUCAUGGCGGAUCCGAGUAUUCAUGACACACUCAUUCAGAAACUUGAAGAGAUGCUAAAUGAGGAGAAAGAGAAAAAAAAUCCAGCGCUACGAAUGUUUUGGUAA